AUGCAUGGAAAGGCGACAUCCAUCUGGAUAUAUAUCGCUGCCAUCAAAAAUAUGGUAAGCGAAUAUCUUCGAUACGCCCCAAACAGGCUGCUUAUCAACAACGUAAAUGCGCUCUACGAUGUUUAUGGUCAUGGUUCCAAGGUCAAGAAGUACAAGAACUACAGGGUGCUGGCUCAACAGGCGCCCAAUACUCUUACCCUCAGUAACAAGGUGCAACAUGCUCGCAGGCGCCGCGUUGUUGCUCAGGCGUUUUCUGAGACCAGUCUUCGCAGAUUCGAGCCAAAAGUUCAGUCAGUUUUGGAGAGAUUUUGUCAACAUUUGCGUAGUGCUGCCAAUGAGUCCACCGAAAAAGGCUGGACCAGUCCCAGAGAUAUAUCGAAGGAUUUCAAUUACUUGGCAUUUGAUACCAUGACCACGGUCUCAUUUAGCUCUGAUUUUGACACUAUUCGAAAUCCGGAGAAUCGUUAUCCAAUCGGCGCUCUUGAAGAGUCAAACGUUCGACUAGGAGUGCUCUUACAGGAAUCAAAACUCACCUCGUUCAACUUGGAUCAAUAUCUCUUUCCAGCAUCUAUCGUAGGACGAAAUCAAUUCGUUGGAUUUCUCCGAAAGCUUCUCAAGAAAAGACUCCAAGAUGUUGGUCUUUCGGAUGGAAAAGACAUCUUUGCAUUCUUGAAAGAUUGCAAGGAUCCUGAUACGGGUGCCGAACUUAGCCCUAAGGAACUGAGUACUGAGACUGCAUUGUUUGUGGUAGCUGGAUCUGACACAACAUCGGCAAGCAUGGCUGGGGUAGCGCAUUAUCUGACUGGAUCAUCAAGUACCUACCGCAAGGCAGCUGAAGAAGUUCGUACAACUUUCUCGUCACUGGAUGAAAUUGUUUUCGGGCCCAAGCUCAACUCUUGUGCCUACUUGCGUGCUGUCAUCGAUGAAACUCUUCGAAUGUCACCUCCUGGCGGUGCUGCUCUUUGGCGAGAAGUUGAGACCGGUGGAGCCCUGAUUGAUGGAACCUACGUACCUGAGGGAACAGAUGUUGCUGUCGGUAUCUACAGUAUUCACCACCACGACAGCUAUUACAAAGAGCCUCUCAAAUUUGACCCUGAAAGGUGGUUCCGACCCGUCAACGAGGAUGGAACUGCCCGAGCAGAUACUGCGAGACAGCCAUAUAUGCCUUUCUCUAUCGGAUCUAGAAGCUGCGUUGGGAAACCUCUUGCACUGGCGCAGAUUAUGCUCACUUUUGCCCGGUUGCUCUGGGAGUUUGAUCUCCGAAGAGCGGAUAAUGAACCAGGAUGGGAGGAGAAGGAUAUUACGCCGAUUGAGUAUAAAUUCAGAGAUCAUGUGUCGGCCAGAAAGGACGGCCCGGUUGUGUGCUUUAAGCCGCGAUCAUCUUAA